UUAGCAUGGUUGGUUGUAGCUAGUAAUAACAACGGAACACAUGAAUACAGGAAGUACUUUACCUCUAGCUAGCUUGUGAGUAAAGUUAGCAAACAUUAGUUGUUUUCUUGUGGCUGGACUUUGAAUCGUGGGUUUUCUUCGAGGCUUUAGAAUUAGCUGUUUUUACAACCUACACAUGAUACAACAUUCUUGAAAAUAUCAUUAGGGAGAUGGAUACAUGGGACUUGUUCUAAAGCACUGUUCUCUAUCUAGCUAGGCUAGUGCUUGUAUGUUUGCUGUUAUCUGAGUCGAUGUAGCUGGAUAUGCUAGCUAGUUAUUGUUUGUUUACUAAGCUGUGUUAGCGGACAAGCAUGCUAUGAUAGGAGUUAUUCUUGUCCAGCGUAGUAUCUGACUACUCUGUAGUCACAACUAAGACAUGGUUGACAGCUAAGUACAUACGACCAAUUUUUCAAAUCUCGCUUCUUAGCAAGCAAAUAAUUUCACGUUGGGACUACAAUUACUGCAUGUACCGUAGCUCGCUAACUAGCCCUAACCUAGGUUAAACAUGCCUUGCACUUGUGGGAACUGGAGGAGGUGGAUAAGGCCCUUGGUUGUGUUACUGUAUAUUUUAUUGCUACUUGUGGUGCUGCCGCUGUGUGUUUGGGAACUGCAUAAAUCUGGGGUUGGCACUCACAACGAAGCAUGGUUCAUCGCUGGUAUAUUUGUGUUCAUGACUAUACCCAUAUCUCUGUGGGGAAUCCUGCAGCAUCUUGUGCACUACACUCAGCCUGAACUGCAAAAGCCAAUCAUCAGGAUAUUAUGGAUGGUACCAAUAUACAGUUUGGACAGCUGGAUUGCUCUGAAGUAUCCCGGCAUUGCCAUCUAUGUGGACACAUGCAGGGAAUGCUAUGAAGCUUAUGUCAUCUAUAACUUCAUGAUCUUCCUGCUGAAUUACCUGGGGAACCAGUAUCCCAGCCUGGUGUUGAUGUUGGAAGUCCAAGAACAGCAAAGACAUCUACCACCAUUGUGCUGUUGUCCACCGUGGCCUAUGGGAGAGGUGUUGUUAUUCAGGUGCAAACUCGGUGUUCUGCAGUACACAGUCGUCAGACCCGUUACUACGGUUAUUGCACUGAUCUGCCAGUUGUGCGAUGUGUAUGAUGAAGGCAACUUCAGCUCCAGAAACGCGUGGACCUACCUGGUGAUCGUCAACAAUGUCUCCCAGCUGUUUGCCAUGUACUGCCUGGUGCUGUUCUACAGGGCUCUGCGUGAGGAGCUGAGCCCGAUCCGGCCGGUUGGGAAGUUUCUGUGUGUGAAGCUGGUGGUGUUCGUGUCUUUCUGGCAGGCCGUGUUCAUCGCCUUCCUGGUGAAAGUGGGAGUCAUUUCAGACUCUCACACGUGGGACUGGGACAGCGUGGAGGCAGUGGCCACAGGACUGCAGGACUUCAUAAUCUGUGUGGAGAUGUUUCUGGCUGCCAUUGCUCACCACUUCAGCUUCACCUACAAGCCCUACAUCCAGGAGGCCGAGGAGGGCUCCUGCUUCGACUCCUUCAUGGCCAUGUGGGACAUCUCUGACAUCCGUGCGGACAUCUCUGAACAAGUGCGCAACGUUGGACGGACGGUUCUGGGCCGUCCCAGGAAGAUGUAUUUUGGAGAGGAUGAGCAGGAGCAGAACGAGCACACCAGCCUGCUUUCAGGGGGGUCCCAGGACCCCAUCACAGAGACCGCCCCCAUCCCGCCCUCGCCCACGGGCCGCUACCAGGGCCUGGGGCGCACCCGCACCCCCCACUCCCGGUCCGCCCCCGCGGGGCUCAGUGUGUUGGGCUGGGAGGAGGACGCCAUCCGGCCAAACUCUCCCCCCCCAGACCCGAAAGACCUCCCCAGCCCAGAUGCUAAAGACCUCCCCAGCCCAGAUGCUAAAGACCUCCCUGGCUCAGGCAGCCGCCCCACUUCCUAGUGUCUCGCAGGCAUCGCCAUCGCCCCCCCCCCCCCCCCAGCUCCGUUUAAGGAACACAGACACAGAAACUGGUGUGAGUGACUCUGUGCUCCCCUGUGUUUAUUUCACAACACAGCGCUGAAACUGAGAGAGAACCACUGGAGCAGGCUGACUGCGUCUCGUGAGUGCGCUGUGCUCUGGGGCAUUAGCUGACUGCGUCUGAGUGCAGAGGCUCAUGGGUACGCUGUGCUCUGGGGCGUAGAGGCUCAUGGGUACGCUGUGCUCUGGGGCGUAGAGGCUCAUGGGUAUUCUGUUAGCGCCAGUGGCCCUUUCAUUAGGCCACAUUAUCAGGAAGCGCCCCCCCCGCUUGGUGAAUGUCUCGUUUGUGUGUUUAGUGGUGCUAAUGCCAUACUUAUCCUGCUUGCAGUUACAGUGCCACUGGUCUGGAGCUUUGUGUCUCUGUCUGCCUGCUUAUUUAGGCAUUUACUGACGUUUUAGGGUUUUUUUUUUCCUUUUUUAAUAUUUUAAUUUUAGUUUUAGUUUGUUUUCAUAGCACCAUUCUCCUGAUCAUGACACUACACCACUACAUGAAGAGUCAGGGUUUUAUAAACUGAUGCCUGCUCAGUGCAUUGAGCUGUAUAUGAAGGCAGUGUUACUCUGUGGCAGUUGAUAAUGCUGUUGUCCAUGUUAAAGGAGCAUUAUUCUCAUAAAAUGACCCAGCACUAGUCUGUUAAUUUUCCGUUAGCAUGUCCAGCUGUGAAUAAUAUCCUGCAUUCAGUGCAGCAGAUAGGAACAAGUUGCUUUAUUUUGCAAUGCCAGUUUUAGGCUAUUGAUGGUCUGCAGUUGGACCAGGCUUGGAAUAGCUAUGCACAAUAAUCCUGCUAUAUAAACCUGCAGUUUAUGAUCCUAUAGUUAUACAGCAGUUACAUUAUCUCAGUGUGUUUUCUGUUUGGACCUUGUGUUACACUAAUCUCUGCCACGGCAUCAUUGCUGUGCUUUGAUGGCAGGGUUUACAUGGUAAAUGUAUGAAAAUUAACUGACAAAUUUGUGUUCAAAUUGAACAUUUUUCUCUGUGGUUUUGAUCCAAAGGAACGGGUAUGUUAUAAAUAAUUUCAUAUGCCUUUUUGUCAGUUCAUUAUUUACAUAUUUCUUGUGAGAAAAGUAUCAAUGCAAUUCUUCCAUUUCUUUUUGGUUAAUAACAACUUUUAACCAAAGUGAUUCUGUUGUUUUUUUCUCUUUUCCCCCAUUAAGUUUUUCCCCUUUUUUCCUCUCAUGUAUCUGGUAUGAGGUUAGUUUCAUUCCUUGCCGUUUUUUUGGGUUUUGUUAAGAGCAAAUACAUGCCUUCAAUUGACAGUUGAGAAGGCACCAUUAACCAGAAAGCCAUUUAGUGGAAUUAAAGAUGCAAUGUGUAAUGUGGGAAAAGGUGUGUUAUCAAUGUUCAGUCAAACAGUUGGAAAAACACACUGGUUCAAUGGUCUUUCUGUAGUUAUGAUGUCCCUGUAAAAACAAAAAUAGCAGCUUAUUAACUGAAGUAUAAAUGUGAUUACUCUCCUUCAAUUGUGGCUGAAAGCUUGGUUGACGGUUGACGGGUGGGGAUGUCGGUCAGCAGAAUCGGGAUGUAUUUUCACAGUAAUGUUUCAUAUCUGCUCCUUAAAUAUCCAGACCUGGGGAUGUCCUGAGGGCCCUGCGUUUCCGUAGUGACUGUGCUGUGCUUUAUUGCCUUAUGUGAUGUACACUACCGCUCAUUAACCUGCAGAAGGCCUGCUGCAGCAUCACGCCGAUGAGUGUCUCUACGUGAAAUGUUUUCAGAAAGCACAGUACUGUAUGACACUUAAAAUAAUUCUGCAUAUUCUAUGAGAAAAGCUCAUCUGUUUCAAUAAUUACUCUCAUCUGUUAAACUUGCUUGUUGUGGCUUUAUUAAAAACAAGAUUGGCACAAUGCUUAAAAAUAUUUAUGGACAGAACACAAGUUCUAACUAUUAUUGGGUUUAAAAGAAAUUCAUUCACCUCCACUUUUUAUUUGCAGCAGUAGAAAUGUAUUCACCUGUGAAAGUAAGCAAAGAUGCCCUGUGUGUAGCCCCUCAUUAAACGUAGAGCCAUGAGAAGCGAUGAUAUUCUGGUUGCAGCCGUAAUGAGGAAAAGUCUGAACCCUGAACUUCAUUUUUCAGAAACAUUUGAACAUCUCCAGCCAGGGUUUAUGAACACAUUUACAAAUGGAGGUGAGCCCUGUGAAAUUCCCCACUUACUGCCAACACACUUUCUGUUUACCACAGACAGGUGUGAAACACCAAGUUUCAAAUAUCAACGCACAAUGCUGACACAGUUAUAAGUACAUGAAAACAAAGAACUUUGACACAAAAGGCAAUUUGCUAAAGUAGAACAUUAUCUAACCAUUUAGCCUGCCUGGCCCUUGGGGUUUAUGAGGUGAAGAUUUAACAAACCAGUAAGAACUAACAUUCAACAGGUGGACUGCCACAUCCAUGAGAAGGUGGAGAGGAACUUGGAGUGAUGUUGUGUAAAACAACUAUAUGUGUUCAGAGUAUUAACAUGAACAUAAAAAUGGCAUACUGCAGGAGAUCAAUAGCUUCUAUGGCACAGUCACAAAUAGCCCCGAUCUGUCAGACAGACUGAAGUACUAUGCUCCCUGCCAUUUGCUUUUUUUGUGCAUUUGCUUAUUGUCUUUCAGUCAUGUGCAGCACAUUGGGCUACAGCCACUGUAUGAAAUGUGCCAUAUAAAUAAAGAUUGAUUGAUUGAUUGA